UAAAAUUAAAAUAGAUUAUUUGGAUAUAAAAGUAUGAACAGUCUGUGAUUAUUCUCAUACAUUUCUAAAGUCGCAGCGAAAGCAGAGUGCGAAUUUUACUUUGAAUUGUUAAGAAAAAGAUGUCAGUAGUGCCCCUAAUGUUCCGCGACUGGUGGGAUGACUUUGAUACGCCAAUGCGAACAUCUCGUUUGCUGGAUCAGCAUUUUGGCACCGGUUUAAAACGUGAAGAUUUGCUAUCUUCAUUAUGGAGUUCUAAUCCAACAGUUUUAAGGCAGGGAUAUCUUCGCCCAUGGAGACGCAGUACAAACUUACAGAAACAGGAAUCAGGAUCAACUUUGAACAUUGAUAGCGAAAAAUUCGAGGUCAUCUUGGAUGUUCAACAAUUUUCUCCAAAUGAGAUCACUGUCAAGGUCACAGACAAAUAUAUUGUUGUUGAAGGAAAACACGAAGAAAAACAAGAUGAGCACGGUUUUGUUGCAAGACAGUUCUCAAGACGUUAUCUUUUGCCAAAUGACGUCAAUCCAGACAAUGUUGCUUCAUCUCUAUCAUCCGAUGGAUUGUUGACAAUAACCGCUCCCAUGAAGAAAAUUCCACCCACUCCUAGCGAACGAGUAGUUCCAAUUACUCAGACAGGUCCAUCCAGCAAAGAAGACAAUGCUAAGAAAGUCGAGACAGCCACUUCUUAAUUAUGCAUGAGUCAUAACAAUUUGGUGUUUUUAAUUUUUAUACAAAUCAAACUUUAAUUUAGGGUUAAUAAUAAAAAAAUCUUUUCUAUUUGAUUAA